AUGGAUUAUCGUCAUACAGAUCCCGACUCGACAACAUCGAGCUGGAAUUCUAAUAAUCAAACAUCUAAUUAUAAUAACAAUUCAAAUUUGCAUAGCAGUUUAAAAGAUCGUGAUGAUGGCUAUAGUGGUUUUAAAAAAAAUGAUAGUGAUAAUACUCAUGAUUAUCAUUCUGGAUGGAGUAGUCAACAUAAUGAGAAUAGUUAUACCUACGAAAAACAUCCAUCGUCAUCCACAUCAAAAUAUGAGGAAUCAACAAGUCGUUCAUCAUUAAGUGAAAAUAUGAAUGUUAAUAAUCCAGUAGUAGCCAAUGAUUUGAAAAAAAAAGAACAGCAAGGAAAACAACACGCAGAAGACAUCUUUACAAAAACAAAAAAAGUUUUACGUCAAAAAUGGGGACAGACUCUGCAAACUGUUCAGCAAGUGAAUAAAAAAGUUGUUUCAAUGGCUCCUCCAGGCGGAAAAGAUCUUAUCUAUUGGAAACGACCAAUACAUAGUGGGAUGAUAUUUGGCACACUCUUAUCACUAAUAAUUACAUUUAUGUUUUUAUCAUCACUUGCCGCUAUCUCAUUUUGGUUAUUAGCACUCUUGAUAAUUAUUGGCUUACAUAAAUUAUACAAUUAUGUUAUGAUUACCUUUCUAGGACGUGAACAUGAAGAUAUGUUCAAUUCAUUAGUUCCACCAGAUGUAAAUGUUUCCUUUGAAACAGCUCAAUCUGUUUCAAAUUUUGUUCGUAUAAAUGGGACAAAAACAUUAAAAAUGGCACGACAUUUAUUUUUAUGGGAAAAUUUGACGCAAUCGCUUAUUUUUGGUUUUGUUCUAUUCGCAUUUUUUUACAUCGGUCUAUCCAUGAAUGCAUUAACACUCGCAUUAGUGGUUUUAAUAUUCUCAUUUACUGUUCCAAAAGUAUAUCAAGUUUAUCAGGCUCCGAUUGAUCGUACAGCAAAGAAUAGUUUGGAUAAAAUGAAUCAGCUAUUAGCAACACGCACUGCUGAUAUGGCAGAAGUCAAAUCAGAUGAUUUGGCACAACAUAUCACACUAUUGAGUGUAGAGAUACAGACGGCUCUAAAAAAGCUUGUCAUUCCAAAAGUUCUUGUAAUAUACACUGGAGGUACUAUUGGAAUGAAAGUCAAAAAUCGAGUUUACAUUCCAGUACCAAAUUUUCUUCAUUCAGCUCUACGUAGUAUGAACAUAAUGCAUAAUACCGAAUAUGCUGACACUAUCAAUGAUAUCGAACCAAAUAAAGAACUUUUAUAUUUGCCAUUAGCAAGUGACAGUGAUUGUAUUGCUUACUAUAUCUUAGAGUAUACACCAUUACUCGAUUCAUCAAACAUGACAAUUGACAAUUACAUUCAGAUUGCCUUAGAUGUUAAAGAAUUAUAUAGUUUAUUCGACGGAUUUGUUAUUUUACAUGGAACGGAUACAAUGAGUUAUACGGCGAGUGCAUUAUCGUUCAUGUUUGAAAAUUUAUCAAAGCCAAUUGUUCUAACCGGAUCUCAAAUUCCAAUAUUUGAGACAAGAUCAGAUGGUCGUGACAAUUUAAUCGGCUCAUUGAUUAUUGCAGGACAAUAUCGAAUACCAGAAGUAACCGUAUAUUUUCGUAAUCGAUUGUAUAGAGGAAGUCGUGUAACAAAAACGGAUUGUGAAGGAUUGAAUGCUUUUGAGUCAUACAAUUUUCCUCCGUUGGCAGAGUUUCGAACAAAUGUACAAGUUAAAUGGGAUCAAAUAUUUGACAAAUCAAACGAUGGUCCAUUUAAUGUUCAUACAAAUUUAAAUCGAAAUGUUAGCCUUCUUCGUUUAUUUCCUGGUAUCACCUAUAUUACAGUUAGACAAUUUUUGGAGCCACCAAUAUUGGGUGUCGUAUUACAAACAUAUGGAGCUGGAAAUAUGCCAUCAAAUCGUCCAGAUAUUCUUGAAGAAUUGCGUAAAGCAAGUGAUCGAGGUAUUAUAAUUGUUAAUUGUACACAAUGUAAUAAAGGAAGUGUACAACAUAUUUAUGAUACGGCGACAUAUUUGAAUAAAAUUGGUGUUUGUCCCGGAUAUGAUAUGACCAUAGAAGCGGCUCUGAUGAAAUUAUCGUACGUACUGGGGAAAGGUUAUGAUCUUAAAACAAUGAAAGUGCAAAUGGCCGAAAGUUUACGAGGAGAAAUGCAAGGAAAAGUAAAAUGUCAGAAAUUGGAUAUGAAGUUUUUCUUAAAUGCUCCAAUAACUCAAGAUUUGAUGCAGUCAUGUAAAAUGGAAUCAAAUGAGGAUGCUGCUAAAUUUGGUCAAGCAUUUUUACCAUGGCUAAUUGCGUCGGCUGCACAAACAGAUGAUAUCGAUUUUCUUUGUCGAAUUCAAGAAUCAUUAUCGACUAAUGUCGGUUUAAAUGUAUUAAUGCCAUCAGGAAGUGCACCAUUGCAUGUAGCUGCCAGAAAUAAUUCGAUCAAAUGUGCCAGUUAUUUUCUUCAACUUGGAUAUAAUGUUAAUGAACAUGAUCAAUGUAAUUAUACACCAUUGUAUUAUGCAGUUAUUAAUAAUCAUUUUGAUAUGAUCGGAUUAUUUGUAAAACAUGGAGGACACUUAGAAUUGAAACCGAGUGAAGUCGGAAUGUAUAUAUGUAGUGCUGUGGCCGAAAAUAAUGUAUUGAAACUACAAGCAUGGCAAUGUGCUGGAGCAGAUUUAAAUCAAACAGAUUAUGAUGGCCGAACGGCAAUUCAUGUGGCUAUCAAUCAUAAUUCCGUUGACUGUGUCCGUUAUUUAGUUGAACAUGGCGUGGAUGUAGGAUGUAUCGAUAGUCGUGGAUAUACACCACUCGAAAUAGCUCGACAACGUGGCUAUGAUCAACUUGUUCAGUUAUUAUCUGAAUACAGUGAUAAAUCAAAAAGUAAUUUAAAGUAA